AUGAAUGCAUUAGCUUGGAGAGGUUUAGCGGGGUCACUUCUUGUUGCCAAGAUGUUAUUUAAUCAUGACGAUAGAUGGAUACAUUUGAAAACGCGAGGGUGGAGAUGUGUUUACAAAAAGUUAAUUAUAGAAUUUGAAAAGGUCCUUUCAAUAAUGAGGACGCACACCGUUUUCAUGGGAAGUCCCAAAAAGAAUGAAAGUAAAGUUUUUUCUUCCUUGGCUAAAUGUGGUGCGAAAUCUCCACGUUGUGGCAGAGAUUUACAAAAGCUUGUUACGAGUCUUGUGAAUUUUGUCGUUAAGGGUUAUUUGUUAAUACCCGUACUUGUUUCGUUACUGGUUCAUGAAUGUUCGUGUGGCAUCAUUAAGUAG